UAACUAUAAAUAUUUAUAUAAAGCACGUCAAAGAUCUAUCCAGUCGUGUUCCCUAAGGCACUUAUUACUUCCUAUUUCUUUUAUUGCAUAAUAUUACAAUAUAGGUAACUAACAGGAUUAAUUAAUAGUCUUGAGAUUAUAAGGUUUCUCUUGAUCUACAUACUUUACACUUCAUUUUGUUAUAACGGGUUCCCUUCAGUCUGUACACGGGUGUUGGAUGAUGUAGAGCACUGCUCAUAAAUAUGGCGGACCUAAAUAUAUUGAUGAAUUGUUCUGUGCAAGAUACAUUUUUGUAUAAUUUAACAAAUUAUGAGUUAAAUGUUACGACAACAAAAAGUGAAUAUACCACUAAAGCAGUUGGCUUCGGAACUUUGACAGGAAUAUUUGUAUCUUUAAUAAUUAACAUUAUUUUGAGUUUACUGUAUUCCAGAGGUCGUAAUCUAAUUUUAACCAUACAAUUUAUCAGUAAGAAAGUACUUAUAAAAAGUGUUGUAAUAAUAUUUAUAGUAGUAUUGUCACCAGUCAUUUCAGUAUUGCUAAUUAUUGCUGUUAUGUAUAAGUUUUUCUGUUUAAGACUAAUAAAGCAAAAAGACAAAUACUUCGUGAGCUUCCUAGAUAGUUUUGAUGUCUUCUGGAAUUUAGAAGGAGAUUCCGUCAUUAAUAUUUUAGGUGUAAUAGAAUCAAACUCGUCAGAAGCCCUUGUUGAAAGAAUAAAGGACAAACUUCAAAAUCUUAUUCCGAAUGAAAGUACUGAUAAGAUUUUUUAUAGACGAAACGAAGAUUAUGGAUUCUAUUACUGGCGGAAAUACAACAUUAUUGAUGUCAACGAAUAUGUUCAAAUCAUAGAACUGCCACAGAAAUAUGAAUACGAUGUUGUUGAUAUAGAGGACUUAAUGUCCGAUUUGGCAAAUCAAUCGCUACCUUAUAAUGACGAAGGUUUGUUCAAAAUUAUAAUAACGAAGCAAAGAAUCGGAAAUUAUAAUGAUGAAAGAGGAGAGUAUGCAAUAAUAUUUAGAAUACAUCAUUCCGUUGGUGACGGCGUAGCUCUUAUUGAGUUUUUAUGUGAAUCUUUAGCUGACAACACGAACAGCCAAACAGCAAAGACUUUUAUUAUGCCUAAAAUCCGAUAUGACACUCCCAGCGAUUUAAUAAAUAUGAUAAGAAAAUUGUGCACCAUACCUUUAUGUAUCGUAGAUCUAAUAUUAAGGAAAGCAGAUAAGAAUGCGCUCCACGGUCCUUCCCUGGUUGGAAUGAAAAUAUUUAAAUGGACGAAAUCAGAUGAAAAUAUUCUAACAAUGGUCAAAGAAAUAAAAGAUAAUGUUAGCCAACUCAACUUUUCAGAUAUUAUAGUAGCUGCACUUUCUGGAGGUUUAAAUAGUUAUUUCAUAAAGACAAUGGCUCCUGUUCCAGAAGAUGUAGCAGUUAUAAUACCAGCCAGAGUCCCUCAAACACAAUUAUCUGAAAGUGACAAAAAACAUUUUACAAAUGAUUUCACUGUAUCUAUAUUGGACGUACCAGUAAAGACUGGAAAUUUAAAUGAUAUAAAAGAAAGGUUUAAUAAUUUACGUAACGGUGUUGAGUUCCAGAUAAAUCAUUAUUUUCUUAAGUUAGGAAAUAUUUUACCUAAGCAAAUUCUGGAGCCUAUGUUCUACAGUAAUCACGCAACAAUUGUGUUAAGUAGUAUGCCAGGACCUGAAUGUUUAAGUAUUUGUGGGGGUAAUGUCCUUAAAAGACUAGUAUUCUUCGUACCACACAAAGGCACAACUGGCUUAGGUGUGACGGCAUUUUGCUACGGUGGUGUGCUAAGGUUAGCGGCAUCGGCAGAUAAAGCAUUAGUUUCCACAUCGGAACAUCUCAACUUCAUUUUAGACGGCAUGUUGGAUGAGAUUAGGCGCCUGCAUGCACAAUACGUGAGGAAGUGA